GAUUAGAUUGAUUGUAAGAUUGAUUGGACGUACAAAACCCUAAGCAAAGAGAAGCAUCGAGAAGCAGCGAGAAAAGAAGAAAAUGGGAGUGGAGAAGGAAGUUGUGAGGGCUGGAAGCGGUGCCAAACCGUCCGUCGGACAGAACGUCACCGUUCACUGCACUGGCUUUGGAAAAAAUGGCGAUCUGAGUCAGAAGUUCUGGAGCACCAAGGACCCUGGGCAGCAGCCUUUCAGCUUCAAAAUAGGCCUGGGAUCUGUUAUAAAAGGAUGGGAUGAAGGUGUUCUUCAAAUGCAAGUGGGAGAAGUUGCUCGUCUGCGGUGCUCUCCAGAUUAUGCAUAUGGCAAAGAUGGAUUUGCUGCAUGGGGGAUACAACCUCACUCGGUUCUGGUUUUUGAGAUUGAAGUCCUGAGUGCGCAGUAACAUCCGGGUAUGGAGUUGACCAUCCCGCAUAUCCUUAUGGUUAUACUAAGAUAUAAUUACGAACAUCCGUAUAACCUCCGUGACCUCUUUCGUUGUUAAAAUUUGGCGGAUAUAUCCAUAUGGUUACCCUACGAAUAAAUUCUCGUUGUGCCCUGUUAUAUCAGACAUGUUUUAAGGGUUAGUUCUAUUGCAAUGUUACGAAAUGCCCUUUGUUUGGAGCAUGGUAUGAUCAUUAUGGUAGUUGCUUGGAAGCU